AUGAAGUUUCCAAACACGCUCGAUUUCAACACCUAUCAGGCUUACUUUUGCGCGCGGCAUUUGUCUCGUGACGAAAAUCGACAGCUGGACGCCAUCAAUCUGGAGUGGGACACGGGCAGUCCUGAUUCGCUGAAGACGCUAUGUUUGAAUGCAAUCGCCAGCAAUUGGCCAACCAUUCCCUUCUUUCGGGAGAUACCGUUGUGCGAGGAUAGGCACUUUUUACUGGAUUUGUUAGAUCUAGAUUUUCCUUUGGAGAUUUUAUGCUCCCGAAUACGCAAUGAUGCCUUUUGGAAACGUGCUUUUGUGAAACGUUGGAAAAACCGCUACCCUGUAGACAUAGACGGAAAACCCUGGAUAAGAGUGUAUUUAGAGCAUCAUAUAACGGAGACCCUAGAGAAUAUGAAACCAGGAGAAUUUGAUCAGGAAAAUUUCCAAAAAUUAGCCGAUUUGUGCUCUUUGCACGUUAAAGAACUUAAACUCAAUCAACUGCAGCCUUCCACGGGGGAAAGUGGAGACCAUAUUCCGCUGGAUACGGUUUUGUCCAACUUGAGAGAGCUACGAAUAGUCGACAUAACGUACGAUGUGAAAAAUGCAGGACACAAUUUUUAUCUCGGUUGUGCCACCAUCACGGAUAAAGACAUCAAGCUUAUGACGCAAGGGCUGGAACGAUGCUACGAGCUGACGGAGUUUCGAUUGCAUAGUACCAAGCUGGAACCGACGAUGAUGAAACGGUUGGCAUCGGCAAUGGAUAAAGGGUGUCCGAACAUAACGACGAUCGCUUUCCCCCAUUGUCGCUGCGGGGACGUCGGAUUACGAGCAUUUUUCGAAGCACUGUCGCCCGAUUCAAUGCCCAAUGUGAAACAGGUGAUCCUAACGAAUAACUUUCUGUCUUCCGAAAGCAUUCUUGACCUGGUUCAUCUGAUUCGUCGAAGGCCCAUCGAACGCUUGGAUCUUCGUCUCAAUCCUAUUCUAACGGAAGGAGCGAUUUCCGUGCUGACCAUGAUUUUCUAUUUACCGCUGAAAGAACUCAACCUCAGCUGCUGCUCGAUCGACGAACAAAUCGAAGACUAUCUGUUGAUGACGAUCCGUUUCAAUACCAGCAUAGAAGUUUUGAAUUUUUCUUCCAACCCAUUGGGUCAGGCGAUGGGCGACAAGCUGCUGGCAAGGGUGAGCGAGAACAGAAAACUGCAGCAGUUUGAUUUGCGCAAUACGGACAUUUCACCGGAUGUACGUGCGGUCAUCGAUGAGAUAGUCAUGGAAAACCGAAGUCCGCAUACUCUGAGCGAUUGGUAA